UUGUUGUGGUGUGACGUCAUAGAUGGCUGGAGAGAGGCAACGGUGGCCAUCCACUACAGCUCUGUAAUGACAACAAUACUGAAACAUCUGCCUGUGAACGUCCAUGGCCAAGACCAAAAGCCAAACAUACGAUGCUGCUGCCAUCCAGCCUAGUGUGCUGCUGCGUUCCUAUGCUUCCUCAUCAAUGGUAGGGACUCAGCUCAACUCCAGCCUUCCUCACUGUCUCAUUAUGGAGGUCUGCAACGGUGAGGCAAGCGUCCAACCAAAGACGCCUGCGCUCAAGCCUCCACAAUCAUGCAAGAAGGAGGACUUCAGCUUUGGCAAAAUUUUAGGAGAGGGUUCCUUCUCUACGGUUGUGCUUGCAAAAGAACUGGCCACUGGAAAGGAAUACGCAAUGAAAAUUCUAGUGAAGAAUCACAUCAGGAAAGAGAAUAAAGCACACUAUGUCAUCCGAGAGAAGGAUAUACUGUCACGCAUAGAUCAUCCCUUUUUCGUUAAGCUCUACUUCACAUUUCAAGAUUCACAUAAACAUUAUUUUGCCCUCAGUUAUGCAAAGAAUGGAGAACUACUUAGAUACAUUCGCAAAAUAGGCUCGUUCGAUGAGACUUGCACAAGAUUCUACACUGCUGAGAUAGUUUGCGCACUUGAAUAUUUGCACUCAGUGGGAAUUAUUCACAGGGACCUUAAGCCAGAGAACAUUUUAUUGAACAAAGAAAUGCACAUUCAAAUUACAGAUUUCGGGACGGCAAAACAGUUGUCGUCAGACAGCGCUCAAGCAAGAGCCAAUUCUUUUGUUGGGACUGCACAGUAUGUUUCUCCAGAGCUGCUGAUGGAAAAAUCAGCCUGCAAAAGUUCAGACCUCUGGGCAUUGGGUUGCAUAAUCUACCAGCUAGUGGCUGGAUUUCCUCCAUUUAGAGCCAGGAACGAGUACUUGAUUUUCCAAAAGAUAAUAAAGCUGGAGUAUGAAUUUCCUGAGAAGUUUUUCCCCAAAGCUAAAGAUCUGGUUGAGCGGCUGUUGUCUUUGAACCCCACAAAGCGGCUCGGAUGUGAGGAAAUGGGUGGGUUCAAUACACUGAAAGGCCACGUGUUCUUUGAGACAAUCCCAUGGGAGAAUCUGCCGGUUCAGACUCCACCCAAGCUCACUCCUUGCUUGCCGGCCAUGGCUGAAGAUGAUGAAUACUUCUAUGGCAAUGUGGUUCCGUCCAGCUCUUGUCAAGUCCUCUCAAUCCCAUCCACCGUCAUCCCACAGAGAUCCUGCAGCAAUAUUGAGCAAUACAUCCAAAACCUGGACAGCAACUCCUUUGAGCUAGACCUGCAGUUCUCCAGUGAGGAGAAACAACUUCUACUACAGAAGCAAACAAAUGGCAACCCUUGGCAUCAGUUUGUUCAAAAUAAUUUGAUAUAUAAAAUGGGACCAGUCGACAAACGAAAGGGACUUUUUGCUCGUAGGCGUCAGCUUUUGCUAACGGAAGGACCACAUCUGUAUUACGUGGACCCUGUGAAUAAAGUCCUAAAAGGGGAAAUCCCAUGGUCUCCAGAGUUGCGUCCUGAGGCGGAGAACUUCAAGACGUUUUUCGUCCACACGCCAAACAGGACAUAUUAUCUAAUGGAUCCCAGUGGUAAUGCAGACAAAUGGUGUAAGAAGAUUCAAGAGGUCUGGGGAACUAUAUACCACUAACAUCAGACUACAAGGAUCAGAGGACUAUCCUCACUGUAAUUUUGGCAAGUCUUCAUGGUCUGAGCCCUUAACGUUCACUAUGUGCUUGAAAUAUUUAUUUAUAAUAGUUGUGCAUCAAUAUUCCUUCAUGGAAGGAUGUUUUGCUCUUUUACUGUGAUUCUGUCAUGUACAGCAGCUGUAAUAUAAAAUAAAAGACCAGUAAAACUCAGCAAAGCUGCAACUUGCACACUAUAUAUGUGUAUAUAAUAUGUAUAAAUAUAAAUAGGAGGAUAUCCCCAAAAGCUUGGGGAAAGAAACACUCACAAAUUCUUGCCUUUAACAAUAAAAUGUGGUUUUUGGCUGCUUCCACAGUGGCUUUUAAGAAAGCUUUAGAGGACCAUAGGACAUUAUAAUGACACUGAAGUGAUCCUGCAGGUCAAGUAUAUACUAUAUUAAGAAGAAAAUUAUUAAUAUAUUUAUAUUUAUUCUUUUAGUCAUCACUUUCAUAUGUAUUCAGUGUAUUCACAAUUCUGUGGUGAUUAAAAAAUGUCUAUACACUGUCACAAUUUUCUGCAAUUGUGGCAUUAUUUAUUGAAUAUGAUGCUGCCUAAUGGGAUCUGCUGUUGGAUGGAAAUGAUUAAUAUCAGAAAAAUUAUUAUUAUUGAGCCGCUAUAUAUGUUAUGAAAUGUAUUAAUUUAUGUUUUUAAAUCUAGUUUAAUCUUUUAACCUUUGUUUGAAAAUCUAACAAGAAGCAUACUUGACAAGGUACAUUUUAUCGUGUCUACACUGCAAGCGAGUGGCACAACAUGAUGGGCCAGUGGUGGCUCAGUAAUUAAGGCUCUGGGUUACUGACUGAAAGGUCGGGGGUUCAAGCCCCAGCACUGCUAAGAUACCACUGUUGACCCUAUCUGCUCCAGGGGCGCCGUUUCAUGGCUGACCCUGCGCCCCAGCUUAGUUGGGAUAUGUGAAAACAACGGCAUUUCAUUGGUUCUGUACUUUUUUUUUACUCUGCACAAUGACGAUAAAGUUUAAUCUUAAUCUAAUCUUAAUGAUGCAACAAAUUUAGAUCGCUCCCAUUAUAAUCAAAUAUAUUUUCUACAUAGUGCUGUUGCAUGCUUACAAUAUGGACAGCUUUAUUGAUAUAAUGAGAGUGAUCCGGUUUUGUCGCAUCACUUCGCACCACUCUUUUGCAGUGUAGACAUGUGUUAUACCUAUGAUGAUUGAGCUGUGAAGUUCCUGGAAGGGAAUUGCAACUGUAAAUGUAAGUUGUGUGUUGAGAUGCAGCUUUGACUGCUUUAUUGCUUAUUUUAAAACGCUAUUUGGUUCAAAACAUAUAAAUGAAAAUGCUGUAACUGAUUGAAAACCAAGCAGAAGUGUUUCUCCUCUUUUUUUCUUAUUGUUUCUGACAAAUAGCACACUGUCUGUUUAAAGGUGCAGUAUGUAAGAUUCAGAAACCCUUGUUAUUAAUGACACCUGAGGCCGUUAAGUGAACUGCAGCCAUCUACCUGAUGCUCGUGCUCGUGCACACACUCCAUAGGGAUGCGAGCAUCGGACAAAACAAUGACGUAGCAUACAAAGAGGCUGAAUGCGAUUCACUGACAUCAUGCUGACAGAUGAGGUAGCAUAAUUAAAAUUACACAUUCAUGAUUGUUUUACUACAAACUUUGAGACCGCAUAUUAUAUUUGACUCUCCAGUUCUGGAACAAGGCUAAAACAAAGUGUGGAUAUUGGUCUGACUAUGCGAGACUGUAGUUUGAAGUAAUCACUUUUCUUUGCAUGGUACAUUGACUUCCUUUAUAUGAUAGCUUAUGUUGGCGUUAGCUAGCUAGCCAGCUUUAUCAAUAGCUGUUAACUAAAUUUGGUGGAUGAUGACAGUAGCUGUUUAUAUAGACUGUAAAUUAUAAAUAUGUUGACACAAUUCAGUAUUGAUUUGAUUCAAACUGUCAUUUUGAUAUAUUGAUACGCUAUUGUUGAAACUUGGUGCGUGUCAUCACCAUUAGGCCCUAAGGAUACCUACAGCGUUUUGGUGCACUGCCCCCUACUGGUCAGGAGAUUAAUGUUUUUUUUUUUUUUAAAAGAACAUUUACUAUUUUGGCUUAUAAGUCUUGAACAUUUUCCUGUAUGAUAACCAUCAUGCCCAGAUACUACCUGAGCAGUUUCAGAACAGAACCACAUACUGGACAAAAAUUCUAAGAACUAGUUAUUUAUAGUUAAUUUUAAAAUAAAUCUGUUUUUUUAAUUUAAAUCAUUUUGAUUUAAUGUUUACUUCUUCUAACUCCUCAUACUCUGUUCAUUGGACUGUAAUCAAAAACAUGUCACAAAGCUUCUUUUGCUGCUCAUGGUGCCGAUAAUUUUUUUGACCCCGGUAUUGCUGCUUGCAGCUAUAUUUUCAUAUGUUGUUGUAGUUUACCUUGCUGAAUAAUUACAGAUUAACAUUGACAUUAAUGUUGACAUUUAGUAUAAAGAGAAGAUCGUUGAAAUUAUUAGAAUUUUUCAAAGCAAAGUAGCUUGCAAUUUGUCAGCGUUGGCAGACAAGAUCAAGCUAAAAUUACACAGAUCAGUCCUUAUGGCACUAUAUUUCACAUGCUUUGCAUUUAUGUAAGCUUACCUGUACAAUAAGAAAAACACCAGUUCAUGGUCGGUUUUGAUCCCCAAAACCAACCAAAGGUACCUCUAGGAAUCAAAUACCCUGCCGAUGUUCACUCUAGUUUUCACUCGACCAUGAUCACGUUCCCACUUAGCCAGAUGGGAUUUGGUAGAUAAAUGUUGUUGUUUUUUUUGGCUUACUCAGCGUUCGUGUAGGAGUCGGUGUUGUGCUGGGAGCCGGAAGUUUGCUGGAUUCCAUCUCUAAGAUAACGUUACCUAGUGUUGCACUUUGUUGACGCUGUUGAAUAGCGGGUAUAAACGUCACAUCCUUUGAAUUUUCUUGGCAAAAGCAACCCGCUCCCUUCGCAUGAAAAUCAGUCUACAGGCUUUAAUAGCCAACCUAGGAAGUCCGGGAAGGGCAAAUUUUUUUAAGUUGCGUUACAAGCUGUUCACACAUUGGCAAAAAAAAGCAAAUAUUACAUGAACAUUUUUACAAAUUGCACCUUUAAAAUUAUAUUUGGCUUACCACCGAAGAUGACUGUGAUUUACAGAUGAUGUAUUAUAUAGAAAGUAACAGUGUUACUAGAUUUGCACCUUGUGUAAUUUUAUUCUUAUAUGAGGUUAUUUGCCUGUUAUUGAGGUUAUUCUAAUACUGACAGGUUUACAAUGAACUCAUGUUCAGGGGUCAUGUUUUGUAAAUAUUGCGAUGUAAAGAUUUUGAAUGUGAAUAGUCGCUGUAAGAUUAAGCACGCUUUACGUUUUUCUUUCUUUUUUUAAGUAUGUGUCUGAUUAGGUCACUUACAAUAAAUUAUAUCAGAUUCAAUGUUUAUGCCCUUGCACACCUAUAAUUAAAUUGAAGAAUGUCUUAGAGAACUACAUGGUAAGUCUCAUAAUAAAAGUAUAUAUAUAUAUAGACAAAUAUAUUUUUGCUUCUGUUUCUGACAGGCUGUUGGUAUAUGUGCAAGACAGCAGUGCUAAGACAACAGUCCCUUAAAGACUUCCCCAGUCUUAAACAUUUCACAGUUGGGUCUCUCAUGUAUGCCGGCUGUUUACAUUAUUCUGCAUAAUUCAGAGCAGAAUAAGCGCUGAAAUUUGGUCAUACAGAAUGAGCUCACUUUCAGCUUUCCAGGUCUUGGUUAAUAUGUACAGUAAUAGAUUACCCGUGCAGGCUUAUCUCGACCAAAAAGCAUCAGCACUGCUAUUGGUUACUGUGAGAUAUACAGUACAUAACUUUCACAACUGAAGGAUCAUCAAGCGAUUUUAAUGGCUGUGUACUGUCUAAAACUGAGUAAGAUUUUCACCACUAUGUUAUUUUAUUUUCAUUCUUGACGUUCAAAUAAUCUUGGGCAUUUGACACAUUUUGCACAUGAGAAUACAUGCAGGCUCUUAUGCUAUAUCAUUAUUGUUUGGUCUCAAUAUCAGACGGAUAUAUUUCUGCGGUCUAUAAGACACUGAAACUUAUGACCAGUCAGAAAAUGUCUUGGUCCUAUUCUGAAUUAAAAUAAUUAAACAAGAAAUUACAUUUUGCAUAUAGACAAUCAACCAUAUUUUUAGGACCUUUAAGAUUUGUUUAAAUUUGUGAUUGUGAUCAUGACAGUCACACACAUUUGACCUCAAUUCUCAUAUCUGCAAUGCAAAAAAAGAUAGUCACAAUGAUAUUCUCACUAGCCCAAUGUGAAAAUUUUUAUUUAAAUUGUAAAAUUGUUAUUCAUGAUAUUAGUACUCCCUUGGUACAGCAUUUACAGACAUUUUUGCUGAUUUUAAUUAAAAAAUAAUUGAACA